UUGGUUUGCAUCUGCUUUAAAGUGGUAUUAAACCCAAAAUCAAAAAAAUAUAACAAUAAUAUACAUAUGUACUUUAUAAUAUAUAGCUGAGAUCAGGGGUGGACUGACAAAUCAUGGGGCCCCAGGCAAUAGGGGAUCAUGGGGCCCCUGUGUCCUUGCCCAAACUUAAAAAAGCCUAUGAAAAAGGUACCAGGGGCAUCUCAUGGGGCCCCCUACUGACCCCGGCCCUCGGGCAGUGCCCGAGUUUCCAAAUAGUCAGUCCGCCCCUGGCUGAGAUA